UUUAGGCUGAAUCUGGGCAAGUGGGUAAGUAAACCUACAGAGAGUUAGCGACCACCUCACAAGCUUCUUCGUCUCCUUCACAGAGCUUUAUUCUUGCCCUAGAGAUACCGAGCGGGAGAUUCCAGAUUGAGAGCAGCUUCGAGUCUCUCUCUCCUCGCCGUUCCUUUUCGCUUCUUCAAGUUUCGUUGCCAGAGAGAUUCUAGGUAUUGAAGUUAUAGAAUGGACUUUGAUGAGUAUGAGUACUUAGAGAAGACAGUUGAAAAUCCUCACCUGGAGAAUGAAGUUGGUAAUGGUGGUGGUGAUGAGAAAGUCAAAUCUGAAGGGAAAGAGAGGAGUAGGAGCUCAAGGCAUAGGGGUGACAAGAAGAAGGAGAGGGAUGAAGAUGAGGAUGGUCGGCGUUCUAAGCGGUCGAGAUCGCAUCACCGUUCACGUUCUAGGGACAGAGAGAGGGAUAGGCAUAGAAGUAGCAGGGAGCACAGAGAUAGAGAUCGUGAAAAGGAUGUAGAUAAAGAAGAAAGAAAUGGGAAAGAUAGAGAGAGGGACAGAGAUAAGGAUCGAGACAGUAAAGGGCGUGACCAUGAAAAAGAUCGGUCACGAAGAAGUAGAAGUCGAUCAGAGCGACAUCGGAGUCAGGAAAGAGAAAAGAGCUUGGAAAUAGAACCUAAGGAAAGAGAGACCAAGGACCGGGAUAGAGAUCGCAGGUCCAUUGGUAUUGCCUUCUGUACAACUUGAUGGGGCACGUUCCGUUUAAGAUUAUCAUUGUAAUAGAAGGUAACAUGUUUUUGGUUAGCCUUCAGGUUGGUCCCGUGCUAAAUUUUAAAUGAAAAAAGAUCUAAAGUUUUAAUUAUUAGUUUAUUGUUCAUCCCUUGUUGACUUUGCAUAGUUCCCUGCAGGGACUUCUCGUGCUUCAUGUGUGUACGCCUAUUGGAGAAAGUUUAUCUGUUUUGAAUUGUUAUAUUAUUAACAUAUUGCUUAUACCAGAAGAUGGCCACUGAUAUGUUGUCUCUGGCCUAUUCGAAAGAUGUUGCGACAUCUUGUAAAAUAUGGAUGAGAAAGUUUCUAGUAUCAAAUUAAACAAGCUUACUUAUUUGUUAUUAUGCAGACGCCAUAAAGAUAAGAAGGAGGAUAAGGUAGAGCCUGAGGCUGAUCCUGAAAGAGAUCAGAGAACAGUUUUUGCAUAUCAGAUUGCUUUGAGGGCAACUGAAAGGGAUGUAUAUGAGUUCUUUUCCAGAGCUGGAAAGGUGCGAGAUGUACGGAUAAUAAUGGAUCGAAUUUCCAGGCGUUCCAGAGGAAUAGGGUAUGUGGAGUUUUAUGAUACAAUGUCUGUCCCUAUGGCUAUUGCUCUAUCUGGACAACCUCUUCUUGGUCAGCCUGUUAUGGUAAAACCUUCUGAAGCUGAGAAGAAUCUUGUUCAGUCAACAACUGCUGCUGCUGGAGCAGGGGGGAUGUUGGGCCCCUACUCCGGGGGAGCUAGGCGUCUUUAUGUUGGUAACCUCCACAUUAACAUGUCAGAAGAUGAUUUGCGAAAGGUAUUUGAAUCAUUUGGGAGUGUGGAGCUGGUGCAAGUACCUCGUGAUGAAACUGGUCUCUGCAAAGGAUUUGGUUUUGUUCAGUUUGCCCGGCUGGAGGAUGCUAGAAACGCACUGAAUCUAAAUGGGCAGUUGGAAAUUGCAGGUCGUGCAAUCAAGGUGUCAGCUGUAACUGAUCAAACUGAAGUCCCAGAAGCUGGACAGACGCAAACCACCGGUGAUUUGGAUGAUGAUGAUGGAGGUGGCCUGUCUCUGAAUGCACAAUCGCGGGCGCUUCUCAUGCAAAAGCUCGAUCGCAGUGGAACUGCAUCGAGCACUGGCCUUACUACAGCUGCAUCUUUCAACGGUGGAGUUUCAACAAUCUCUUCGUUGGCAGCUCCUGCUCUUGUACAAGGGUCUUUUCCUGCUGUUGCUGGACUCGCAGGGUCCGGCAUUAUUCCCGGUGUUAUACCAGCUGGUUUCGACCCAAUUGGUGUCCCCAGCGAAUGUCUGCUGCUUAAAAACAUGUUUGAUCCAUCCACAGAGACUGAAGAUGAUUUUGAUGAGGAUAUAAAAGAAGAUGUUAAAGAAGAAUGCUCCAAAUUCGGAAAACUGAAUCAUAUCUUUGUUGACAAGAACAGCGUUGGUUUUGUCUACCUGAGAUUUGAGAAUGCGCAAGCAGCCAUAGGUGCACAACGUGCUCUCCAUGGAAGAUGGUUUGCUGGAAAGAUGAUUACUGCGACUUACAUGACUACAGAGGCUUACGAGGCCAAAUUCCCCGAGAGUAAGGUCGUUUAAAGGUGCCGAGACAAAGUUUUUAGUAUCGUUAUUAAAGCAUAAAUGAAGAUACAUCUGCGGUGACAAAUCCAAUAUUGAGUCAAAUUUAUGUUUAUGCUAGAUUACCCGCUUCUUGUAUUUGUAAGUCUCGGUAAUGUGUGUGACGGAAACUUUGACACCUUUCACUUUCAGUAUUUGUAUUAUGCGAACAUGUUUUAGAUUUCAUAAGAAUGUUUUUGACUUUUGACUUUUUAUAUGGGCUAUUAACUGUUUGAGCAUUCCA